AUGAAUCUGCACGUGGUUCUCGUUGCGGUGUCCCUUGGACUCUCCGUCUGGACUUCUGACUGCGCUCCCGGACACACGGACGCGCCGCUGCCGGUUCUGAUGCACGUAGGAGAGGAGUACCGGAUCCGCCUUGACAACAGCCCUAGCGCGCCUGACCGGAGAGCACCGUCGCGCAUUCAGCUGCAGCUCACACAGCGGCUGUCAGGAGGUCAGAUCGGAGGUGUCGGUAACGGGAUCCUGAGCAGCCCAGAGGAGCGCGAGCGCCGGUCGGAGGACCCGCCGAUCUCGCUGGAUCUGACUUUUCACCUGCUGCGCGAGGUGCUGCAGAUGGCGAGAGCCGAGCAAAUGACCCAGCGCGUAACCCACAACCGCAAGAUCAUGGACGAUUUAGGAAAGUGAAACAUGAAUGACUCACAAAAUGGGUGUCAGUUUCCAGUGUAAAAAAGAAAAUAUGCAUUA